GUGUGUACCGAAGCGUAAUGCAAUAAAGCCUUGCCUUGCCUUCGGCGAUACAGUUGUCUUGGCGCGGGUCCGACGGACGAGCUCGCUCAUCGCCUAGACAAAUGGCAUCGCACACGGACCAGCAGCGCAGCCAAGGAGAGCCGUUGGAGGGGGGAGAUGGUACGAUCGACGACUUGAAACAGGCGCUUGUAGAGAAUCUGGAGCAUAGGGGCGUACUCGGCAAGCUCAGAGCGAAGGUGCGAGCGGAGGUUUUCCACACCCUCGAAGGGCCCCAAGAGGGGGUUCUACCGACCCCGCUUUCUAACGAGAACCUGCUGAUCAACGAGCUCGUGCGGGACUACCUGAGCUACAACGGGUACUCGAACGCGCUGGGCGUGUUCAUGGCCGAGUCCGGGCAACCGAUCGAGAGGUCCUUGGACAGGGGGUUCAUUCGAGACGAGUUGGGACUAUCCGAGCGACGGGAUAGCACCGACCACGGAAGCGCUAGGCCUUUGCCUCUGCUCUACGGCAUCACGCACGCUCUUAAGCGUAGACGAAAAGAGGCAUCCGGAAACAACGGGGGUUACGCGGAAUGCGAGGAGGAAGCGGAGGAGGAGGAGGCAGAGGAGGAGGGUUGCGGGGGUCAUCCGGACGUCGGCGGCAGCAACAGCAUCGAGUGGGCCGAUCCCGCACCUGUUUUGUUCACAAAACACAAAGGUAGUAGCGGCGGCAGCGGCAUUGCGUGACGGGAGAAUAUAUGCGACUUCUCCAACAUGAGCGCUUGUAGUCUGACGCGCCUGUCGCCGAGAAUUUCAUGUGGUGCGGUCGCCUACGAAGUGGACGCCGUUGUUUCUUUUUCGACCAGUCGUCCAAUACCGUUUUUGCGGUCGGUCGGUGUACCGGCAGUGGCAAGGUCGUCACAGUUCUGCAGCAGGGCCGUACCUGGUCAUAGCGCCGGAAUCGAAGCAUCGCCUUCUCGAAGGUUCUUCACAAGCCGGGGUGCGGACAACCCAAAGUCUGUCCACCAAGGGUUGCAUGGUCAUUCACUCCUGGUGUCUCGUUCCGCAGAGGUUUCCGGAGACUUUACGGGGAGCAAGGUAUCCACCGGCUUUUCCUGAGACUUUUCGGGGCGCAAGACAUGAUGACAUCACCUUUGAGUUCUAGUCAAGCCUACCAUCUCGUUGGGCCGAUCGCCGUCGUAGAAUCGAAUCGAGAGUACCCCGUAGCGCACAUACAGCGCCAGUUGAAGAACUUGGGAAUAUUGGUGUUUCGAACAGGAUGGGGUCUUCUUGCGUUGCACAUCUACAGUCCAGCACGCAGCCACGGUUCAGUUCAAAUUCGCUCGUGAAGGAUUUAGUAUUGGACUCGCUUCGGUCGCUUUGGAGUGAAGUUUCUGCUUUCACGUGUUUACCUGCUGGUGCUACCCGUAAGUACGUACAACCUAGCCGACUCCAGUUGUGGAACUUCUUCUGCGCCGGAAUGUGUCUGAUUCGGGCUAAGGAUGAGCUCAAGCUAGAUUUUUUCCAUGUCCCAC